AUGGUCACCUUAGACGAAGUUCUCGGUAGCGGUCUGCUACAGAAGCCCUCAGGCCAUGAUGCGCCCGAGGCUCUUCAACGCCAGAUCACCAACUACAAGCCCCUUCAGACCUUCAAGCUCGAGAAAACCCGUCCGUACCAACAACAAUAUGCCGACAUCUACUUCCUACGUCUUACGAAGAUCAGACCUGCCGUCGAGGCAGCCGCCCGCGCCGCUUGGGAGGGAACAGUGCUUGGUGGUGAGAAGGUCAAGAGGGUUGAACGUGUCCUAGACGUUCGCCAGGGAGAACUAUGUUGGGUAGCAGGAACAGUAUACAUGGACAUGCCUCUGAAACCUUCGAUUCUCGAGGACGUUUCCAAGGAUCGCUGGAUUUCCGCUCCCACCUCGAUCGGUCACUACUACUCCGGCAAUGGCGACGACUCGAUAAUGCUCGAAGAUGACUCCGGCCGUAUCCGCCUCGUCGGCAACGCUCUGCAAGACCACUUUAUGGUGACCGGCUGCAUCGUAGCCGUUAUGGGUACCGAGAACACCAACGGCGAAUUCGAAGUAAUCGAUCUCCUCUUCGCCGAACUACCACCGCAACCCGAGCGCUGGUCUCUCUCAAAAGGCAAAAAGGAAGAGUCAGAAGACGUCGAAAUGAUGGACGCCUCUUUCUCUGGACACCCAUCCAAGCCACCAUCCAAGAAAAUCGCCAUCGUCUCCGGCCUCGAGUUCUCCAACGCCGACACCUCCUACGCCAUGGAGCUCAACCUGCUCCUCGAGUACCUGCUCGGCGAAGCUCUCGACCCGUCCACGCAGCGCGACGAGCUCUCGCACAUUACCCGCCUCAUCAUAGCGGGCAACUCCAUCUCCACCACCGCCAACGAGACCACCAAGGCCGCCGCCUACGACACCUCGACGCUUAAAAACAAGUUCCAGCCACAACACAAGAAAUAUGGCUACGACAGCAGCUCCUACAACCCAAUCCCGUCCCAACUCUUCGACAACUUUCUAUUUGAACUCCUCCCCACCAUGCCCGUCACUUUGCUCCCCGGCGCCCUCGACCCGGCAAACGCGAGUUACCCGCAACAGCCAAUCCACCCGGCUAUGUUCCCGCAGUCGCGGACGUACAUGUCACCGCCCAAAGUCGGGGUGGGCAAGGACGGAGAUGUUCCAGAGGCGGAAGAGCCGGGGUGGUUCGACAACGUGACGAACCCGUGGGAGGGCGAGAUUGAGGGGUGGCGGGUUUUGGGCACGGGCGGCCAGAAUCUCGAUGAUGUGUUCAAGUACGUGGAGAGCGAAGACAGACUGGGCAUGAUGGAGGCCAUGUGCAGGUGGAGGUGUGUGGCGCCGACGGCGCCGGAUACGCUCUGGUCCUACCCCUUCCAAGAAGACGAGCCCUUCGUAACAAAGAUUGUCCCCACCUCUUCUUUGUCGGCUGCCAGCCCGAGUUCGGCACGAAAGUGGUCCAGGGGCCCAAUGGCCAAGCGGUCCGAUUAA